AUGGCUACUGUGCCAAACCCUGCUUCUCAAAAACCACCCUCUUCGGAGACAAUUGUGGUACCAAAAAUGGAGGGCCAGACUUCCGGCCAAAAUGAGGAGAAUGUCGACAAGACGGAUACGGCCGGCGAUGCAGGGGACUCGGAGAUGCAGCUGGUGUCUUCUCUGGCGAAAUUGCAGAAGAUGGAGGCAAUGAUCCAUCAACUUCGAACGCUACUUCCCGGGCGUUUAUUGGAACCUUUGGUGCCGAUUGUUAAUCCUCGAAAGGGUUCUGCGGUGCCAAAGUCACCUGAGAUUCUGUAUGAGCAGUUAUCGCAGACGGCACGGGCUGGUGUCGCUGAGGUUGCCAACUUUCAGUCCAUGUGGCGGGGUCCUGAGAUGAAGGGUAUUUGGGAUAACGUUAGUGCGCAAAUAAGGGAGAACGGUGGCCAACUGCUGCAACCUACUGGAAUGUGGGAAAGAGAUUACAAUGUGCUAUUGGAAGAGCUGGUCAAGGAAGAACAGACCAAGCAAGAACAGCAGCAAAAGGCCGAGGAAGAGAUGGAGCGCUCAAAGAUUCAGUCAUCAGAAGGCGACUGGAAAACAAUCGUCGAGACCUUUCUGCAGAAGAACGUUCCGGGAUUUCGGAUUGCUUGCAGCAACAAAGAUGCAUCAUUUACCGCCGUGCUUGUCAAGGCGGGCAUGGCCCUCCAGGCUCAAGCCAUCAAUGGACUUGGAAGUGGUGUGCCCGACUGGCGAGUUUCAAAUAAGCUGCUGCCCGGGAUUCCCAAGAGCAAACUUGAGAUUGCGAUAGCCGAUUGCUUGAAUUCCCGGACACGGCAGUGGGACCUUGCUUAUUUGCUUGACAUGAUAUCUUCCUACUCGGACAUCAAACAAACACCCUGUGUCAAGUGCAACAAAAUGACCGAUAACGCCGCCCAACUUCCCACAAUCCGCCAAUCCAAGCCAUCCCAAUCGCCCCAAGGCCAGCGAGUCUUCAUCUGGGAAGCAUACCAUCCAGGGUGUAUCUGA